AUGGCAAGCGGCGGUGGCAUGAUGAGUGGUGUCGUGGAUCCAGAGACGCUCUAUACCAAGCAGAAUUGUAUAGGCGGUGGCAGUUUUGGCAAAGUCUACAAAGGAGUUGACAAACGCACCGGGCAAGCAGUUGCUAUCAAAGUGAUCGAUGUCGAAAAUGCAGAGGACGAAGUGGAGGAUAUUAUACAGGAGAUCUCUAUUUUGUCGGAGCUACACUCGCCCUACGUCACCCAGUACUACGGAUCAUACUUGAGAGGUUCGGACUUAUGGAUUGUCAUGGAGUUUUGCUCGGGGGGCAGUUGCGGAGAUCUGAUGAAGCCAGGCUUAAUUGGGGAGGACUACAUUUCAAUCAUUAUACGGGAAUUGCUUCUCGGUCUGGACUAUCUCCAUGCAGAUAAGAAGCUGCAUCGGGAUAUCAAAGCUGCCAAUGUGUUGCUAGGAUCUAAUGGCCAGGUCAAAUUGGCAGAUUUUGGGGUUUCUGGACAGCUCUCGGCUACAAUGACCAAGAAGAAUACUUUCGUCGGUACUCCAUUCUGGAUGGCUCCUGAAGUUAUCAAGCAGUCUGGCUAUGAUCACAAAGCAGACAUCUGGUCAUUAGGGAUUACGGCUUUGGAACUGGCAAACGGCGAACCUCCCUAUUCUGAUAUCCACCCCAUGAAAGUCCUCUUCUUGAUCCCAAAGAAUCCACCACCAGAGCUAGAGGGCAACUUUUCAAAGGCAUUCAAGGAGUUUGUUGAGUUGUGUCUACAGAAAGAUCCUCGGAAGCGACCAUCUGCUAAAGAGUUAUUGAAGCAUCCAUUUGUAAGAAGGGCAAAGAAGACAUCGUAUCUGACAGAGUUAGUUGAACGAUACGAGCGAUGGGCAGUACAUCAUAAGGGCGACGACGAUGAUUCAGACGACGGACAUGAAGAAGCCCCACGAUCAACUGCUGGCAAUGAAGAUCUGUGGGACUUCGGUACUGUGCGACCUGCAGGUGGUAGGGGUACUGCCAGGGGUACUGGCAGAGCUGGUCUUAAUGCUAUGGGAGAAUCAGCGACAAAUGCGAGAUCAUCAAGGUCAUCAGAGAGCGAAGAUGAUUACGCCGAGCGACCACGAAGCUCAUCUCCUACCAAAAUGAAGGAUUCAGGAUAUGUCUCGAGCGCAGAUACCGUCAAGGCCAUGAACUCUCCUGCCUCAGCUCAACCACCACGUCAAAAUUCACCCCAGAGACGACCUGUUCCGAACUUGCAGCCUACCUCUCCGGCCAAAAUACCCCUACCACCAUCUCCAGAAAAGCACAGAUCAUUCGCACCGGAAACACCGCGACCAAUUCAGCAAUUUUAUUCUCCUCCCGAUACCGACUCUCCAGACUAUGACAGAUCGUUGCAGGAGCAACUUCAACGAGACAUGGGAUUCUUGAAUAUAGGAUCGACACCCUCGCCUCAAAUUGUCAAGUCGCCUCCACCUUCCAAUUAUCAAAAAAUGGAAAGAGAAUCAGACCCUGUUUCUCGACUCCCAACACAACAACCGCUGCCGAAACUCGGUCCUAUCAAGCUGCCAGAAAUACCGCCAUUCCGUGGGCAGCCAUUGCAGAGGGUUACAAAUCAACCAAAUGCAGGAAUGUCCAAGCCAUUGCCAGCAUCUCAUUCGCAGCCAAUAGCAACGCAAAACGUUAAUCCUCGCCAACUCGGCCAACAACCUCUACCUGCUCUGCCAUCGAAAUUACGGGACAAUACUCCAUCGCGAGAAAGCUUCUCUUCAGAGUCCUCGCGAACGCCAACAUCCAUGCCGUCGCCAGCACCUACGAGUCCAACUGGAGAGCUUGAUGCUUUAAAUGAUGUGAUCUUUCCAGCUCUUGAGGAGGCUCUCAAGCGCCGGCAGUAUCAUCUACAGCAGAUGUUUCGCAAUACUGGAACCACACCCAGGCAGCAACGAGCGCAGGCAGCACACGAGAAGUUGAGGAAGUUAGUGUACAAGCUCGCUCACGUCUGCAAAGAAAUUGACCAUUUCGAUAAGCAAGAGCCUGUUGGAAUGGGAAAGGACGUAGAUGUUUUUCUCGAGGGGUUGCUAGAGGAGAUUCUAGUUCGAGUUGAACCUGCUGAUGAUGAGGAAGGUGAUGAUAGACGAUGA